GACUCAACGGGAGCUUCACAUUGGAGCUGAGCCAUGGCGAAGCUCCGCCUCGUCCUCUGGCGCCUGGCGCCCCCUGCUGGCCUCCACCAGAAGAGUCCCGUGCGCUUUCCAGGUGGGUCUUGGGCUCCUCGCUCUCGCCGGCCGGCUCCUUCGCCGGAGCAUGUCAAGAGCGCUGUCUCCCCCUCUACAGGUGACCUUUUCCUCGGUGGUGAGCGUGGCGCUGGACGAUGUGCAGUUCAGGAACUGUGGCCCCCAAAGUAAGGCUUUCUUUUCCACCUCCCCCAAACCCAGCCAACCAGAUAGACUGCCUCUGGGCUUGGAGGCUCCCCAUUCACCAUCCCAACGUUUCCAGGUCCCCGGAGCUGCGCCCCAGACAAGCGCCCAUGCCUACCAAGCAGCUGUGUGUCCCCUGCCCGCCAUUGUGAUGGCACCAAGGACUGUGGCGAGGCAGCAACGAACGGGGUGGCAGUGAGCAGUCGGGGGGCAUUUGAGGCCGGGGGGAUGUGGGCACCACUGGAAGGGGGGAGGGCAGAAAAGGCACCCCUGGGACCCACCCACCUGCCUUUCUCCCCCAGAGACCUUCCUCUCAUGCUUCUUUGAGGAGGGCUGGAGCAGGUGGGCAGCGGAUGCCAACCAGAACCUCUCCUGGGCGAGAAACUGCAGCUCCCAGGCGCCACCGUCCCCAGCCCGCCCCACCCGCGACCAGACCACCAACACGCCGGAAGGUGGGUGCUGGUUGUUAAUAUGUAGAGGAUGUCAGCAAGGCUGAACCUUUCCAUAAAUAAACUAUUUGAAUCAAGUCUUACCAAUUUGGGGCAUGUGCAGAGUUCGGCACUGGGUGCUUUCUCUCUCCAGUUGGUAGACAUGACAGCUGACAGCCUUCAGUUCUCCACUGGGUAGACUGAAGAGCUUUGUGAUCUACCUGAAGGGGAUCAACAACCCAGUCUACCCAGAGCCAAAGGCUGCCUGGUAUGAUGUUCUCAACUGCAGAUCCAAAGGAGGUCUUGCGGGAGUGGUUGGGUGCAGGCGUACCACAGAUGGAAGUCAAACUCCAGAGUGAUCAGUUCUAGUGCUUUAUUAAAAGCUUUAUUACAGCAAAUCAGUCUGCCAGGCCUCCCACCCUUUACAGUUGCAGGACAGACACCUCAGCAAGGAGUUGGCUUGUCUGCACCCAAGCAAACUUUCAUACAUCUGUAUACACAAAGCAGCAUACUUCACUUCGGCCAGGACUUCCCAUCACUCCACUUGACCAGAUGAGGGCAUAGGUGGCAAAUACCAAAGUCUUAUAGCUAACUCCUCUUUCUGGACUCCAUGCACCCGAAGCCCCCAGUUAAGGAUAGCAUCAAAACAAGCCAAUUAGCUUAUAUGAGCUCAUCACUACAACAACUACCUAUUAAUUGUGGGGUUAUCUUGACUACCAAAAUGGUGUUUGCAGAGCUUCCAGAACAGUUCACCUUUGGUUCAACACAACCCACCCCUUCAAGAUAACCCUAACAAUCUACACGCCCAAUCUUCCGCAAGUUCCUCGGGGUCUAGGAGGAGUGGAGUUAUGCAGUGAAUCUGUUACUCAGCUUACAAGAAAAACCCACAACAGCAAUGCAAAAAUAUGCAAUGAAGCAAUCUCAUAGUUAUAACUGUAACAAAAAACACCAGUAAGUGGUGCCACCCCCUGCAAGUCCUUGGAACCACCUCUGGACCAUGGUCCUCCGCGAUUCAUGUUCCAAUCAGGCUACCUUGGCACAAUCUUGAUAUAAAGCAUGCACCAUCUUAUUUAGCUAGACUUAUCUGAAAUAUAUGUUCUAAUACACAAAUCAUUUUUAUUUAACAGCUUGA